AUGGGUUCGGGCUCGUUUAAGAGCCCGACGCAAGACAAUGAUUGGCUGUUUUGCGCCCGCGUUAUCGGUUUCGCAUUCGAAAAGCAAAUUGAUUGGUCGGUUGGUUUCAGUCACGAUGGCGGUUUGGAUCUAACACUUGGUUAUUUAAACAUCUUCACUCUGCCCCCUUUCGACAUCUUUACUGCAACACACCAUCUCGACAUCAUGCCUGGAAGCAAUCUGGAAAAGAUGGACGGAAUACGACCUGGAAGCCAGCGAACGCUCACUCCUUCCGACAACGGCAGUGAUGCUGCGAAGCCUCGCGAUGAGGAGACUACCAAGGAAGCCGCUGAAUCGCAGGAUCCUAACGCGGUGGGAUGGGAUGGACCAGAUGAUCCUGAGAAUCCCAUGAAUUGGCCGGCCAAGAAGAAGUGGUCUUGUAUAGGCGCUUUGUCGGUCAUGACUCUCUUGACACCACUCGGCUCCUCCAUGUUCGCCCCAGGCGUCCCAGACAUCAUGCGCGAAUUCGAAACCGGCAACCGCAACAUCGCCACCUUCGUCGUCUCCGUUUACGUUCUCGGCUUCGCCUUCGGCCCUCUGCUCGCCGCACCGCUCAGCGAGAUCUACGGCCGCGCCAUCGUCUUCAACGUCGCCAACGUGCUCUUCCUCAUCAUGACCAUCGCCACGGCCCUCAGCACCAAUAUGCCCAUGCUUAUCGUCUUCCGCUUCCUCAUGGGCUUCACCGGCUCGACGCCUGUUACGAACGGCAGUGGCACCAUCUCGGAUAUCUUCCCUGUGCAGGAGAGGGGCAAGGCGAUGGCUGUUUGGGCCAUGGGGCCUUUGCUGGGGCCGUGUAUUGGUCCUUUGGCUGGUGGUUACAUGGUCGAGGCUAUUGGGUGGCGAUGGGUGUUUUGGCUGAUCGCUAUUCUUACUGGCUUCAUAGGAGUGCUUUGCUACUUCGCCGCACCCGAGACAUACGGUCCUACGCUCCUCCGCCGAAAAACGAAGAAACUCCAGAAAGAGACCGGAAACCAGGAUCUAUACUCUGUUCUCGACAUGGACGGCCUCACAGCCAAACAACGCCUCAGCCACGCCUGCAUCCGCCCAAUGAAGAUGCUCUUCACCCAACCUCCCGUCUUCAUCCUCUCGCUCUACGUCGCCGUCGUCUACGGCGUGCUGUAUCUCAUGUUCAGCACCUUCACCUUUGUCUUCGCGCAGCAGUACGGCUUCGGGACAGGCACCAUCGGCUUGGCGUAUCUUCCCACGGGCAUCGGCAUGCUCCUCGGUACUAUCACGUUUGGAAUCAUGACGGAUGUGGUGAUCAAGAAGAAGAUUGCGCAGAACGGGAAGACGGUCCCCGAGGAUCGGUUGCCGAUUUGGAUGACCUUGCCGUCUGGUCUGCUUAUCGUGGGCGCAUUGUUCUGGUAUGGCUGGUCAGCCGAUCAGCACACGCACUGGAUCGUACCCAUGAUUGGCGUUGCGCUCUUCUGCUUCGGUCUCAUGGGCAUCAUGAUGUGUCUGCAAACAUAUCUCGUCGACGCCUACAUCACCUACGCAGCCUCAGUCGUCGCCGCAAUGACAGUCCUCCGAUCCCUGGCCGGCGCUAUACUUCCGUUGGCUGGCUUGUCCAUGUACGAUGAUUUGGGUCUCGGAUGGGGAAACAGCGUGUUGGCGUUUUUGGCUCUGGUUCUUGUGCCGGUGCCAGUUAUCUUCUGUCUUUACGGGCCUAAGAUUCGGGCGAAGAGUCCGAAUAACCUUGGUUAG